AUGUGCUCCUGGGUGGUAUCAGCCCUCUUCAUCCUUUUCGCAAUGGGUGGAGAGGGUCAGGAGCAUGGGCCGGUGUUCCUAAUGGAGCCGCCCUCGCGCCUGGUCUUCUCCAACAGCACUGGUGCCAGGGUUUCGUGUGCGGCUCACGGAGCACCCACUCCUCAGCUCGCCUGGCAACUGCCAGACGGCACCCAGCUGGACGACGCGCCAGGCCUAAGG